AUGGAGAUAAAUAAUGAUGAAGUUAUGUACCAUGUGCGGUAUUUACGGGAGAAAAUGCAGUGCAAGGAGUUGGAACCAUUUUAUAGGUUAAGGAAGCUCACUUCCCCACAGAUGGAUGAUAUUUGUGAUGUGUUGGGCGAGUUACUAGAACACGAUCGUUAUACGGUGGAAAUCGGUCGCCGGUUUCACACGUUGUUGCUCCUAAUUGUAACAAAUGUGUUCGAAAAGGAGGAAUCGCCACAUGGAGCGAAUGACACACCGGGUGUGUUCGAUAAGUCGAAAUAUCGAAAAAAGUGCAUUGCUUUGUCUAAACUUUCAAUGCUCUGUCCGGACGUAUUGAGAUAUUCGCAGCAGUAUUUUCGUAAGCAUCCAGAACCGUUUGUCCGAAAAAGUGAACCCUGUGAUUACGUGCCGAAGCAAAAGCAGCGUAAGCAGCAUUUAGGUGCCGAUCAGCCAGUUGAUUCGAUCCUAGAACUGAUGCAGGCCUGCUAUCGUUUCCUAAUCAUGGAUCAAGUUUUCUUUCGUAGUGCGUGGAAUUGGUCAGAAUUUUUCGAACAGUUCGAUGCAGACAACUGCCCAAGAAAACGAUAUUAUUUGAACAGAAUAACGUCAAUUGUGGUUGGCAUGUCACAGGCAGAAUUGAAUACGUUAGACGAAGGUAUACCAAUCGAAGUUAUACUGGAAGAGGAUCGUCUAAUGAGUGAACUUAAAUAUAAUGUAGCGAGCACAUAUGGAGAUGUACCAUCAAGCGCCUGUAAAGUUACGUGGAAGUAUAGGAAUGGCAUCGUAACGAACAUUGGUGAUGUAUUGUUGCCUAUUUUUGAUAGCAACAAUGUUCACAAUUGGGAAGUGAUGCAGCGUGAAGAACAAACGCCAGGUCAGCAGGUGUCCGACUCCGAGCUGGUUGUUAGUGUUAAUUCUACGAAACUCAAUUUGCGUAAUCUUGCGCUCGGUGUAUCAUCUGGCAAGGCCAUUUGCCUGUCGGGGCCAGUUGGAAGUGGAAAAAGUUCGUUGGUUGAGUAUUUAGCCAAAGCUACCGGACGUAUAUCAGUCAAGGGAGAAGAUCUUCAAAAUCGGCGAGCGUUGAGGGAAGAACAAUCAAAAAAACGUAAGUUUAGCAAUGGUUCCAAGACGAAUGAAAUGUGUACGCCUAAUUUGGCAGGCGAUACUUUGGAUUGUGACGUUGAGGAGCUUAGGAAGUUAGCACCCAAGACCGGGUUUCUGCGCGUGCAGCUUGGCGAUCAGACAGACAGCAAAACUCUUCUCGGUCAAUACCGAUGCACGGAUACUCCUGGUGAGUUUGUAUGGCAACCGGGUGUACUGACGCAGGCCGUUAUGUACGGGUACUGGUUGCUACUAGAGGAUUUAGAUUCCGCCACACAAGAUGUUUGUACCGUAUUAACAAACUUGCUCGAAAACGGCUACUUGAGUGUUCCCGGAUUUCGUGAUUGCUUACGCGUCACUCCUGGUUUUCAACUCUUUGUAACACUGCGCUCCGGAGCCAAAUCCAACACAUCGCAGAUCCACAACAACAUGUACAGCCUACUAGAAAAGUAUCUCUACACAGUAACCAUAGUACCAUUGUCGAGAAAGGAACUGUGUGACAUCAUUUGCAUCCGCUACCCGAAAUUGCGCACCGUUGCCUCGAGAGUCGUGGAUAUUUACUUAACAUUUUCAAGUGGUUGCCACUCGGAAGAUGAUGAUCAAAACUUCCCAACCGCUCUGUUGGACAUUCUUGAGCAGCCAAACCUUGCUGACCUUGCUGAUGCAGCCCGACAACCCGGUGAACAUGACGAUGUAUUGCCGCGGUUCCAUUCAGAUACCAGCGAGAAACUAACAGCUCUGUCGUAUUCGUCUGGUUCAAACAGACGUCUCGUUUCAACGAGAGAUCUGAUUAAAUUAUGUCGCCGUUCGGAUCCAACGUUCUCGGUGACCAGCACGGAAUGUGCGUACUUUGUAUUUCAGAAUGCGGUCGAUUUGUUCUGCUCACAUAUUCCUCACGGUCCUGUUCGUACGAAGCUAAUCACCGGGAUCGGUGGAAAAAUUGGAAUCCUUCCGAGCCGCUGUGAGCACCUUUGCAACGAGUACAAGCCAAUCGUUGAGAUGGACGUGAGCAGUGAAAUUCGUGUCGGAAGAGCGAUAUUAAAACGUUCGCUAACUGCAGAUGCUAAUGACGAGAACAAUAUUGGUAAUAAUGAUCAUGCUGAGCAAACUUUUGUGAACAAGCGCCAGAAACUUGAUCGCAAUGCAUCUUCGCGCGUUAAAACGUUGCAACAACGGGCCGGCUACAACGAGCCUCCGCCGACGUUUUCCUUUACACGACCAACAGUGUGCUUGUUGGAAAAAUUAGCUGUAGCUGUGUCGCAAAAUGAACCAAUACUUCUGGUCGGAGAAACGGGUGUGGGGAAAACAAGCUCGCUGCAAUAUCUCGCCUACCAGACCCACCACAAGUUGGUGGUGGUGAAUAUGAACAAUCAGUCGGACGUUUCUGAUCUAGUGGGUGGAUACAAACCCGUCGAUCUUGGAUUCGUCGUUACACCCUUACGAUACGAAUUCGAAAGUUUGUUCCGACGUUCGUUUAACGCACAAAAGAACGAAAAGUUUCUCGGCAAUGUUGCACGUUGCUAUGGCAGCGGCGAGUAUGACGUGUUGGUGAAGUUAAUGUUGAAAAUAGCAGAAAAAGCUUCUUUAAAAUCGAACAUAUCUGAAAGCAAGUCUAAAGCUCCGUACGACAGCAACGAUAGUAUCCUGCAGGAAAAAUGGAGUUCAUUGCAGGGAAAGCUCCGCAAACUAGAUGCUCAACUGAAAAAUUCUAUCAACGUUUCGUUUGCAUUCAUUCCUGGCUCCUUGGUGAACUGCAUAAGGAACGGCGAUUGGGUUUUAUUGGAUGAAAUCAAUCUGGCAUCAACGGAAACCCUCGAGUGUCUUUCUACGAUUCUGGAACCCGACGGUUCUAUCGUUCUCCUGGAACGAGGAGACUAUACACCAGUUAAACGUCAUCCAAACUUUCGCAUCUUUGCCUGCAUGAAUCCUAGCACGGACGUUGGUAAAAAAGAUCUUCCGGUUGGAAUUCGAAAUCGAUUUACCGAGUACUUCGUUGAUGAGCUGUUAGAAGAGAAUGAUCUGCUCAUUCUAGUGAACGAUUACCUUCAAGCGACAGGAAUUCAAAAAGCACGAAUUAUGAACACCGUUAAACUGUACCGGCGGUUGCGUGCUAUGGCACAACUUGAGCUAAACGACGGUCUCGGAAAUAGACCGGUAUUUUCACUGCGAACGUUAUGCCGAGCUUUGUCCAUCUGCGGCAAGAACUUAUGUGGUUCCGUUGAACGCAACUUGUACGAGGCAUUCUGUAUUAGUUUCUUGACGCAGCUUGAUUUAAAAUCUCACGCCAUAGUGCUAGCAUGCAUUCGGCAAACGCUGUUGCAAAAAGAUAGCACUGGAGUCGUUGUAAUAAAUCAGGCUCCUAUACCACGGCCAAAGCAGAAUGCGGAAAAACAGAUCGACUUUGAAGGAUACUGGAUCGAGCAAGGCCCGAAGGAGGUGCAACAGUGUGAAACCUACAUUCUAACGGACAGCGUGCGUAAUAAUUUGCGCGAUCUGGCACGAAUAAUAUCGAUUGGUCGAUUGCCAGUGCUGUUGCAGGGGCCCACAUCCGCCGGCAAAACGAGUCUCAUCGAGUAUAUUGCCAAGCGUAGUGGCAAUGUGUGCCUGAGAAUCAACAAUCACGAGCACACUGAUCUGCAGGAGUAUAUUGGUACUUACGUGGCCGAUGUAACCGGAAAGUUAAGCUUCAAGGAAGGAGUUCUGGUAGAAGCGAUGCGCAAUGGGCACUGGAUCAUUCUGGACGAGCUGAAUCUAGCCCCUAGUGAUAUCCUGGAAGCGCUUAAUCGAGUGCUCGAUGACAAUCGGGAGCUGUUUAUCCCCGAAACGCAAACUGUAGUAAAAGCACACGCGAAUUUCAUGCUCUUUGCUACCCAAAAUCCACCGGGCCUUUAUGGUGGCCGUAAGAUGCUGUCUCGUGCCUUCAAGAACCGAUUUAUAGAAUUACACUUUUCCGACAUUCCAAAACCCGAGCUGGAGAUUAUUCUUGAGCGCCGUUGCCAUAUACCACGCUCAUACGCAGUGAAAAUGGUGAAGGUAAUGACUGAUCUGCAACUGAAUCGACGUAACACGACAGCGAAACAAAACUUCACGCUUCGGGAUCUGUUCCGUUGGGGCAAUCGAUACACGUACGCCGAUGCGUCGUUGUUAACGGAUAAUAGCUACGAUUGGAACCAGCAUCUCAUCGACGAAGGCUAUCUGGUUUUGUCCUCCAAAGUACGCAGCGCGUAUGAAACGGAAAUUAUACGCGAGGCGUUGUUCACCCAUUUUCGGAAGCGUGUGGAGGAAAGUUGCCUUUUCAACCUAUCGGAGCAAACGUCGAAAGUUACACGAUCGAUUUUGGAGCGUCUAAUGACGGAAAGUGAAAAGCUUAUGGAAAAAGCAGAAGACGAACAUCGUCGUGGAGGUGAAGGCAUCGUAUGGACUUUCGACAUGCGCCGCAUAGCCGUGCUGACGGCAAAGGCACUGCAAUUCAACGAACCGGUGUUGUUAGUUGGCCCUACCGGUUGCGGGAAAACCACUGUAUGCCAGCUGUUGGCUUCAUUAGAGCAAAGGAAUUUAAGAAUUCUGAAUUGUCACAUGCAUACGGAAGGUGCAGAUUUUCUUGGAGGUCUUCGUCCUUAUCGAUCAUCGGAAAACGACAUGGAUUGUAACGCAACGUCCAGCAAACAUCAGUUGUUCGAAUGGUCAGAUGGGCCCUUGAUCCUUUCGAUGCAAGAGGGAGGGUUUUUCCUUGCUGAUGAAAUUUCCCUAGCCGAAGACUCUGUUCUUGAACGGUUGAAUUGCGUAUUGGAACCCGAACGGACGCUGUUACUGGCUGAAAAAGGUGGUUUAACUGCAAACAUCGAUAUGCAUGCCUCGUCAGAUGCCAAGGAGCAUACUGAUGGAUUUGUAAUAACAGCCCGUGACGGAUUUCAGUUCCUGGCUACCAUGAAUCCUGGUGGCGAUUUUGGAAAGAAGGAACUUUCUCCUGCUUUACGCAAUCGCUUAACUGAGAUAUGGUGUCGUGCCACGGAGGAGGAAGACGAUUUAACACGCAUUGCAGAAAAUACUUUGCGCCGAUAUGUGAUGAUGCAAAGCUGCACCUCAUUUCCUGCGGAAGAAAAUGCAUUCGGAGCGGUUGCCAAAGUUAUUGUAAAAGAAGUGCAGCUACUGAAGCAAUCGAUCGAAAAGCUCAACUUUAGCAUUCGCGAUGUGUUAUCAUGGGUAGGAUUCGUUGCCAAGAACGCCGGACGCGUAGGCUUGCCAGAAGCCUUGAUAUACGGAUUAGAAACGGUCUUUUUGGACUCGCUAGAAAUGCUGCCAUACGAAACGUAUGAAGAAAUUGUAUCGAUUCGACGUCAAAUGCGACGUUCGUUGUUGGGACUUAUGCAGCGGCAUCUGCAAUGGAAUGGAAAAAUUAACAUGAUCGACUACGAUCAGCCACAGGAAGCAGUUGGGUCAGCAGCGAACCUUUCUGUGAUCAGAUCAACGGAAAGCCGCUUUGGAAUACAUCCGUUUUACAUUGAGCUAGAUCCCAACACGCAGCACAAUAAACGCAGCACAGAGUUCAUGUUUACUGCUCCUACGACACAGCGGAAUCUCUUCCGACUCCUGUCGGCUUUAAGUUUGGAUAAAGCGAUCUUGCUCGAGGGUCCUCCAGGAGUGGGAAAAACAACGUUGGUGGAAAGUCUUGCCCAUGAAAUCGGUUACAACGUAGUGCGAAUAAAUCUGUGUGAACAUACAGAUUUGGCGGAUCUAUUUGGUACGGAUUUACCAGCAGAAGAUCGCUCUCUUGAUCUUGAUCACUCAAAAGCGGAUGAUGCUUUGCAAAAUGCAUCCCAUGAAAGCGCUAACGCUUCACCGACUUUGGGUUCGUUUACUUGGCGAGAUGGCCCCCUGUUGGCGGCAUUGAAAUCCCGUAGUAAUACGUGGAUUCUCUUGGAUGAGCUGAAUUUGGCUCCACAGAGCGUGCUGGAAGGAUUGAACGCAAUUCUCGAUCACCGUGGAGAGGUAUACAUUUCGGAACUAAACAAAACCUUCCACCUUAGUAAGAGGACGAGGAUUUUCGCUGCGCAAAACCCCCUUCGGCAAGGAGGUGGUCGCAAGGGUUUACCACAAUCGUUCUUGAACCGGUUUACGAAGGUAUAUCUCCGUAAGCUGGAGCGGCGAGAUUUGUUACACGUCGUGGAAGGAAAAUACAAGGAACGAUUUGAUGCUCUUGGGGAAUAUCUGAUUGGCGAGGAAUGUACGCUGUCGCAUUCAUCUGAGCUGAGUUAUUUCGAGCACCGCAAAACGGGAUUAGAAAAAGAUUUAAAGUUUGACUUGGCUGAGAAGAUGGUAUUGUUCUCCGAGCGUUUGGAUUCCGGACUUGCAAACUUAGAGUUUGGUUACAAAGGUGGACCGUUUGAGGCUAAUCUUCGCGAUAUUCUUCGUUGGUGCGAACUGUUCCUUAGUGAAAGUUGUGGAUUUGUGGUGCCAAAAUCCAAGCAUAAUGACGCUGUUUACGAGACCGUAAAACAUGAAUGGAUGCUGGUACUCUUUGAAAAGAUGAAACUGGUUUACUAUCAACGUAUGCGAGCGGAACUGGACAAGCGUUAUAUUGUUAACGUAUUUUCGGACGUUUUCCAUUGCGAUGGCGAUGAGCUGGAGCGAAUUUCCAAUGAUAUCGGGUUGUACUGGACGGAUGAUAAAAUUUACCUAGGUGAUAUUGUCCUCCAGAAGGGAGUGCCUAACAUGGAUGUUGGAAAGAUGCCUAUGUUUGCUGUUAAACAGCAAAUGGCAACGGCAGAUGGUGGAGCUUCAACAUUGGUACUAGCUAGCCAAAAGGAACUCCUCAAAAGUGUAACGGAAUGUGUGCGGCUAGAAAAACCGAUAAUUCUGUGCGGCCCCAAUGAUUGCGGAAAAACGAAGGUGAUCGCUUUGUACUCCACCUUAGCCGAUACGUUUUGUCAGGUGGACACUAUUGACGACUCAGUGACUGGUAGUUUUCAACAAUUCGAUUUCAAUCGCCACCUAGAGGAUAUGGCCUCCGUGGUGGAAACAAUCGUACGCCGGGUUGUGAAGGAGUCAAUAUUGUUUCGGCAUGGAAAACACAAUAAGGGAUGUGCAGUACUUGGACUGCUAGAAUUAUGGGAGAAGUACGAGGAAUUCAGUGAUGGAGCGACUGCUUUCACCGCGCAUAUUACAAGUCCUCUGCAGUCGGGAGAGAUAAUUCUUUUUCGAAAACGUUUGAAUGCGUUGGAAAAUGUUAUCAGCAAUCUUAAGCAACAAAACGGAAUACGCCAAGAUGAGACAAACAGCACAAUCAACCGUUUGAAUGAUAUGUCAAAAGUGCUUCACAAAUUAGAGUAUCUAUCUAGGCAAGUGCAAACACUCAAUACUGGAGGGCACUUUGAGUGGGUUGAUUCGAAAAUAGUGAAAUGUCUUCGCACAGGACAACAUAUUUGUCUAGAACAUGUAAACCUUUGUUCGUCGGCUGUACUCGAUCGGUUGAAUCCUGUCUUUGAACCAAACGGGUCGCUUAUGAUAUCAGAAAAAGGCACGUUGCAAAUCGACAUUAGCUCCAGUGAAGAAACAGUUACGGAAGUAGUGCAGAGACAUUCUAAUUUUGAGGCGUUUCUUACACUUGAUCCAAAGAAUGGAGAAAUUUCUCGUGCAAUGCGAAACCGUUGCGUAGAGCUUGCCUUCGCUAGUCGAGACGCAUAUGAAGAAGACGACUUGAGGCAGCUUAUUUUCAUCAAUGGUAUUCAUGAGCCGUACCUUAUUGAUGCCUGCAUGUCUAUCCAUCGCGAGCUACGGGCUGCUACCGGACAAUCGGAGCAAUUCAAUCCGUUCGGAGUGGCACAUUUAGUUCGUUUUGUACAACUUAUGGCGCAGAAUCUACAAAAGCAAGGAAAAGUGCGAAGUAUCGAAUGUAUGAAGCUGAGCGCAAUGGAUGUAUAUGUUCGUUCGUCAAACGUGGAUCUGUUAGGCUUUGGGUUGGAUUUUUAUCGCAGCGCUCUGAGGAAAGCGAUUGAAAAAGUAAUCGAAUCCGUUGUGAUGAGAAAGAGUAGUGUGCGGUUCGAAAAUGUAACCCUUCGUGCAAAUGAUCUCACGAAGUUGACUCGAUUAAGGCUUCAAGCUGAACCAUUUUUGGCACUGCUUCGUGGAUUUGUGGAUGAUUUGGAUGGAACAAGAGUGCUAGCGGAUAUUUCCACUAACUUUGCAUCGAUUGCAAACCAUGUUAGCCAAGAAAAUUUGAAGUAUAUGUUAUACUUUUUAUACGAAAUUAGCUCGGUAGAAGAUAUUGGCGUAAGAGAAGUGUACCUACGCAAAGCCAUCGGUGAAGCAGUUGCAUUGAUUACAGGAGAAGUAGAUAAUCUGAACGGGCUCCAGGCAACUGUUAAAGGAUCUGGUAUUCUUGUAGAUGUCGAUGAACAUGCUGAAGCAGGACAGCACAAACAAAAUUGGAACUCUGCUCCAUCGCUAGAUCGUUCAGUUCAUUUUCAAAAAUGCAAAGCCGAACGAAAUGUUUCGAUAGCGCACGAUGGAAAAAACGGCAAGGAAGAGCAAAGGAUGAAUGAUUUAUCCGGCUUUAUUGUAAAAUUGAAUGAAGUCCUCUGCAAAUCAUCACAAGAAAUAUCGAAAUCUAAUGCACCUGGCGACCUGCCAUGGAAUCGUUUCCUUUUCCCAAGGAUACGCGACUAUUUGUCAUGCAGCAAUGAUCUGGAUGUGCGGAGAAUAAGUUCUAAACUUUUGCUCGAUACCAUUAUUGUUCCAUUACGAAUAGAGCAUGUUACAAAGUUAAGUCAAAUUGAUAUGUUAUCAUACUCCAAAGCUGUUCGUGACAAGACAAUCAACGAUGGUAUCGGAAAUGGGUUGCUGCUGGUGUUACACGAGUUUCUCACCGGCUAUCGCAUGAUGGCAAGGCAAGCAUUUGACGAGUUGCAAAUUGACGAUAAGCUCUAUGUUCGUUUAAUUCUUUCCCAUCAGUGGUUGAACAGAUUGUCAGAUCUGUCCCAUUGCAAGUUAUACGAAAACAAAGAGCUGAAGGCUGGAUUGUUGGAUAAUCUUACACUCCAUUUUCAAUGGAUUGAAAAGCAUUGCCUUAGUGUGCUGAAGGACGAUCGCUUUAUGUAUUCAACGGAUCAUGGUACCAGCUUAAGGGACGUCCUUCGUCAAUCUAUUGCUGAUCUUACUCAUCCCUUAUCGAUGGUUCGAAAGGCGUAUGGUAAGCUAUAUCUUGAUUAUCUACCUUUGUAUAGCGCAGAACAAGUGGAGCACGUCGUGAGUUUAACUAAGCUAGUGAAUGCCUUACGCAUGCUUCCAAAACUUGGUAAACGACAUACGUACAGCGAAUUUCUACGAAGAGUUGCAUUAUCAAAUCACCCAAAGACUAUUGAUUUGAAACGAUCAUUGCUAGCAACUAUGUAUAAUCAAAAAAGUGUGGUUUCUGAUGAUGAACCCAUAGUUGAUUUAGACAAAGUUGUUGCUGAGACGAUUGGUGAUUCAAAAGAAAUUAAUGAUUUGCUGAUCGCGUUCCAAAAUGGGUCAUUGCAAUAUGUGAAAGAUGAGAAGGAAGCAAGAAAUAUCAUCGACAGGAUUGCAUCUUUCGAGACGGAUAUGAAAUCGUUGCACGUGCAGCAAUCGCUUUCUAGUGAAAGCAAAUUUGAACUGGAGUGUCUACCGUUGCUUGAGUAUUAUGUGUACAAAGUGCUUAUUGCUUCACGUGCCAAAAAGCUCGAUGAUCGUAUACGAAUAGAUUUUAUCCUAAACGUGCGGUCGCUUGGAGUGGACGCACUAAGUGCAAUCAAAUUACUGUCGGAAAAAAAUUAUCGCAUAGCGCAGGAAGCAUUUAUUGUGUUGUUAGGAUUAAGCGCCGAAUUAUCGCUCGAAAAGGUUCUGUCUAUCCUGUCGCCCGACGUAUAUCGCCGUUUAAGUACUUGCUGGCAUCAAUUCUGCAGUUCGAACGAACGCUUGGAAUUAAGUUCACUGGCCAUCCAGAAGAAUGUGUGUCAUGAUGUUGAAAAUGCAGAAGCUUACGAAGUGAAUCACAAUAAUGACGAUCCAAAUGCGGACGAUAACAUACCUAGCAGUUUUCAUGGUGCUCUGCUCACGAUGAAUUGCUUGGCGAUUAUUUUAGGAAAAGGAGCAGGUGCCUUCCGAAUAACCGGACUUGGCGAACUACCCGAAUGGCGCCGCACGUUAAUGAAGAUCGGGUCGAUAUUGUGGAGUAACUCCCUCGUGGUCUCGGAAUAUUAUCAGAGCGAAAGUAGCUGCUUGCAACUGGCUAGCACUGCGGCCGGAAAAUUGUUAAAGGAAUUGGACCAUGUGAUGGUUGAAAAUGAAAAGGCUUGUGAUGUUACGCAUGCUUUUGUUAAAGAUUUCUCGAACGUUGUUGAUUUGCUACGUCAGUAUAAUAAACUAACAAAUGAAAAGAAUGCGUCAAUCGAUCGCGAUCAUGAGUGGCGAAUAGCUUCCAUAAUGCGGUUGCUUUCCGGGAUAUUGGAGUUAAAUUUAUACGUUUUUUUACCACUCCUCGAUCCCGUCGAAAAGAAUCGCUUAAAACAACAAUAUCUUCAAGAAGACAUAAAGCUCCUAGAAAACUUGGUUCUCAGCUACGAUUGUAUGGCAGUAACUAUGAACUACCGUCGCCUUGGCGAACACAAUCGUCGACUCUUCCAUGGUGAAAUCGAGCGACUCAGAGAAAAGGGACAACAUCUCACGCGAAAAGUAGCCCUUCGCCCGAAAAACGACAAUUUGUACGCGGAAAUGGUUAGAGAUGUGAACAAUUUUUUGCUCUCCUGUUGCCAUCCGGGCACGAUUGGUAAACUCGUUGCGUCAAUUAAUCAGUGCUUAGACUACGUCGUGGAUAUGCGCAAUUUGACCAACAAUCGAAGCCAUACACAAGCGUUCCUUUUAAAGAUGUCCGAGAUUUUAACGCAAAUCGAUGUUUGGAAUGACAUUGCGCAACAGUUCGAACACCACACGUUGAGCAAUUACGAACCGUACUAUCAAGAUUUUUUGACUCCGGUUCGAAACGCAAUUACUACGGUACGGUAUGGUCUAAAUGGCAUUCGACAUUGCUUGCGUGCAAAGCAGGCCACAAUAGAACAGAAAUCAAGUGGAGCUUUCUACGAUCUUAACGAAGAUCGGGCUUUGAAGAAGAUAUUGAUAAAGUUCAUUCAAUUCCCUUGUUUGAAGCCUCUGGAACUUUUCGACGAUAAACACAAGGUCAACAUUUACUCAGUAAUGGAGAAGCUAGCUCAGCCGGAGCAAACUUACUUCCGUUUAUUGAAAGCUCGCUUGCAGGAGGUAUCGAACAAAAUAUCAAUUGAGCGUACUAUGGAAAAACGAUCGUUUGCCGAACUUGAUCGUAUCGUCAACGUAUGCAAUCAGGUGUGGCAAAAGCAAGAACAUUUGCGAAGGAAACGGCAGGCCGAAGAGGACAGUCUGUAUUUAACUAAAUCGCACUGCGACGAGGAGACUGAAGAUAUUGUGGCACAACGUGAGAUCAGCGAAAUGUUUCCGAAUUACGUCGACCAAGACUUUGCCGAGUUUAUACAAAAUGAUACGCUAGAACAAAUCAUCAAACUACCGGAACGAAAAGAGAAACCAAUCGAUACGAUAGGAGACGAUGAUUAUGCACUCAUUUGUGAGUAUUUUAUCGCAUUAAUGGCAAAACACUCCCGUUCUUACUACUACCAUCCGGAUGUGAUGAAAUCUAGUGGUGAAGGCCACCGUAUGGGUAGCGAUCUUUUGGCAAUAAAUUUCGUGAAACCCUUCGAGACAAAGUUGGAAAUCUUUAACCAAAUCGUACAGAAAUAUGAACCUUCCAUUGGUAGCGAAUUCGAUGAAAUAGCAUACGGAGCGCUGAGUGUUGCAGUUGGAUUACUGCAAGAAAGGUACAACGAUCAAACGGAUGCUGGCCAAAUUGAGCGAAAGACGAAAGGCCACUCUUUAACAACGAGUUACAAUUUUUAUACCGAUGCAAAUAUUCCGGAGGUGUUGCAGUGCGUUAAAGUUUUGAGGAUGGUCGAUACACGUGUACGGGAAUUACUGGUGGAAUGGCCUGAUCAUGCAGUGCUGACCGACAUCCUUUUGAUUAUGCAGCGCAUCCAGGGAUUGCCGUCUACAGCCCCAGUUGUGCGUUUUAGCACGGGUUUGCAGUUGCUUCGGCAAAAGUUAGAUGAGUGGAAUGCAGUUGCCCAUCGGGGAAAUAAUAUGCGUGAUCUUGAGCGGGAAGUGGUCGAAUAUAUUCACCGCUGGAUGCGCAUGGAGCUACAGUACUGGCGCGAAUGUUUGUCUCGUACGCUUGAACAAGUACGCAGUAAAGCGUACCGAUACUGGUUCUUCAUGUACAAUCUGUUGCACGAGUUCAUGCAAGUUGGUGUAAAACGAAAGGGUAAGAUGAAUCAUUUGCUUGAUUACGAUAAAGUCGAAAAGUGCUAUGGGGAGCAGGAACUUCUCGACGAGGAUGAUGAUGAAAACGUAGGAGAAUCGGCACAAUCCGAUGUAACUAUAGAAGAUGUCAUAAAGGUAUUAAAACAGUUUAUGGAAUCGUCUAAUUACGCCGAAUAUGGUUUGCGAUUGCGCGUAAUGAAAUCCUUUGAGCAGUAUCUGCAUUACGUUGACGAGGAAAAAUUAGAAUUUGAGCCGAGGAAACGACAAGUACUUGUAGCCGUCCUGUACAAUAUUCACAUGUACUUCGAUCAGUUUUCAACUGAAAUUGAGGAGCAUAUACGCUCUAAGCGGGUUCCCAUCGAAAAGAAAUUGAAAGAUUUCGUGAAAAUAGAGUCGUUCAACAAAGAUUUGUCGUACUUCAGCAUGCGCAACAACAUAGCCCGUGUGCAUCGUCAGCUGCACAAAUUCCUAAAGGAAUUUGAAACGGAAAUCGCGAGUCGAGUAGCACCCGUGUUCUGUCCCAAAGAUCCGGCUCGUGAAAUUAACGAUGCGGAUGAGCAGAAAUUAAAGGUGUUGCGAUCUGAGGCAAAAAUUACUUAUUACAUGGUUGAUGUGAAAAGUUUUAUGGCACCCCGGAAGCUCAUACAACGGUUUUCGGUACAUAAAUCGGUUCGCCUGAGUGAAGAUCCUGAAACGCAUAACAUUAGCGGUGAAAGCCAACUAGCAGCUAUGUCGCUUUACCAGAAGAUCGAUCGUUUCUUCACGACGGCUCGAAAUGUUUGCCGCGAUGCGAUUCUCCAUGCCCCGUUUUCCGGCCUGGUCUACAGUUUGGAUUCCUUCAUGCGAGAACAAAUUGAUAGUAUUGAAUAUUUGCGUGGUUUGGAAGUUGAUCGUACCCUGCCACGUCCUAAGCAAAAAUCUCAAGCUAAACAGAUUAUGAAUCAGAAGCGUAAGGCACUGUCUGACUUUUAUAAAACGCUUACCUUGCUUGGUGUGAGCUAUCGAACAGGAUUGCUUGAGUCGGCAAUCGGAGGAACUGACCCAGUAGAUGCUACGAUUAAACCAUUUAGCUUAGAGUUACUAACACAUGAUUCAAAAUAUCGUAAGGCCGACCAGCAUAUAGUGUAUUUGAAUGAUAAGCUUAACUUGUACUACGCUAAAUGUGUAUUCAAGAUCAAGCUGCUCGCGAAGGUGAUGCUGCAACCCGAUCCCGAUAUUGCUGGUCCAGUGAAUGUAGAUCGCAUUAAGGGUUUCUCGAUCGAUAUGUUCUUGGUUGUACAAAAUCAACGGAAAGCGCUUGCUGAAACGGUUCAAAAUGUAUCUCAGCUUCGUGAAUUGAUUGCGAGUCUUUAUCAACUAAACAACUGUGUUGAGUCUAACCACUCGGAGAACGAUAGUGGACUUCGGUUUGGCGAGUAUCGUCGGCGGACGGACAUAGUGGCUCGAUGUUCCUUGGAGGCUCGUUUGGUCCUGGAACAAUUCAAAUUAUUGCUCGCUUCGGCACCGAAGGAAUCAGACGAAGAGCUGCAAUUGUUUGAAACACUUGCAGGGGGUAGUGGAAAAUCAGGAGGUGAUUUCUAUCAAAACUCCUUGGAAUUUGUUAGAAUAACCAAGCUUACGCAGGAAGCGUUGAAACAAACGGUUGCGUUAAACGAAGAACUUGGCAAACUGGCGGAAGAAGCUUAUUGUUUCCGCGAAUCAACUGAAAGAUUUGAAACAAAACUCGACAAUAUAAAAGAACAGUUGAUUGCGCUGAAAGAAAUGUUUUCGUUUGUAUCUGAUAGCGAAACACAGCAGCGCUAUUCAGUGUAUGGACAGUCGAUCGUUGAGUUGUUGCAGCUGUUCGAACGAUAUUCUAAGGAUGCUUUUGAAGAGCAAUCUUCUCCCGAAAAGAGUGUCAUUAUCCAAACGAUGGAUGAUGAUAGCAUCAACAAUGAAAUUGAAAACAUCAUUCAUUCGUUGCUUAUUUCUAUGCAAACGAUCUAUAAAAAGUACUCUGAAAUAGAACCUCAACCAAACGCUAAUGACGGAACAGAUCAGGCUUUGAAUGUGAAGGACGCAGAAUGCCACGAAAGUGAUGAUGAGGAAGAAUCAGGGCACAAUCUGCAAGAGCAGCAUUUGAAACAAAAAAUUAAUGUUGAUCUUGAAAGUGAUUUAAAGACGCUCAGCAUUCCAAAAGUUGUGGGAAAACUCAAAGGACUGCUAUCAUUAGUUGUUGCAAAUCAUGACGAAACUGGUUCCACGAACGAGUUGAGAUUGCGCGCGGUUAUUUCAAAGAUCACUCGUCUCGUGCCGAUGCUAGAGCAGUACAAUCUCCUUGUGGAGUAUUAUCUCAUACAGCAGCUGGGUGCGCACAAGAUUUGUACAAAAAUGCUGUCUGUUAUGUUAACUGUUUUCAUUGAACUGGCGACUAAAGGAUUCUGUGUACCGAAAGACUUAUUGGGGGACGAAGCGCAGAAUCAGAAUGGAGAUCAAGAGAAUGACGGUGACGCGGGCGAAAAGUUUGGUUUUGAGGAUGGGGAAGGUGAAAAAGAUGUAUCGCACAAGAUCGAAAGUGAAGAUCAGCUAGAUGAUGCUCGAAAACCUGGGACUGAAAAGGAAAAGCAAGAUGAAGAAGAGAAAGAUAAUAAGGAAGAAAAAGGAAUCGAUAUGAGCGAGGACUUUGAAUCAAAGUUGCAAGAUAUCGAGAAACCAGAAGGAUCAGAUUCUGACGACGAGGAAGAAAAGGACGAUAUUGAUAAGCAGAUGGGUGAAACUGAGGAGGGGGCAGAAAAACUAGAUGAUCAGAUAUGGGGAGAUGAUGAGGAGAAACCCGAAGAGGAGGAAAAUGAUAAUAGCAUGGAAGAAGAAGACGGUACAGGCUCUAACGAAAAGGACGAUAGACACAAUGAUCUUAACAGUUCGGAGAAAGACAAGCAGCAAACUGGUGAUGAAAACCAGCAAGAUGACGGUAUGGAUGCAAUCGAUCAAGCACCAGAAACAGAUGAUAAGAAGAAGAAAAAACCAAAGGAUAUCAACGAUAUGGACGAUAAUGAAGGUCAAGAAGAAGAGGAACACAAUAAUCCAUAUCAUAACGAGCUAGAGGAACCGCCAGAGCCAGAGGAGCUGAAUCUGGAUGAAGAUUUCAACCUGGAUGGAAAUGAGAAGCCGAAAGACGGUGAGGAUAAUGAGCAGGAGAAUCCGUUCGACAUAGACGCCAUGAAAGAAACUGCUGACGGUGAGCAGGAAAAUGAGGACGAGGAAAAGAAAGAUGAUCAGGAAGAGGGUAACAGCGGGAAUCCAGCAGAAGAAAAUGGUGAAAAUUCCUCCGACGAGGAAGAGGAGGCUAAUAAUCCGGACGUUCCGGAUAAACUAGCCGAAGAUCAACCAGAGCAUGAAGAUGACGCUAACAAAGAGAACAGCGAACAGCAAGUUCCUGGUGAGGAACAAAAGCAAGAUGAGCAGGAAGAGGCUGAACAGAAAGAUGACCAACAGCCGAAAUCAUUCCAAAAGGACGAACAUCAAGAAUCGCAUGAUAAGCGCACGGAAGAAGAUCGAGUGGAGGCAAUGCCGGAUGCGGAAAACAAAGGAACCAGCGAUCAAGUGGCCAACGAAAAACCGGAAGCUAAGCAAGAUCAUGAAAUAGAUGAACAGGAUACUGGUGAAGAUAAGGAGGGCACCGGGCAGGCUGAAAACGAACAAUCGGAAACGGGCCAUCGCGGAAUCGCGGAAGCUAGAAAAACGAAAACGCGCGAAAAUGAUCGUAAAGACAAGCAGGAACAGAAGGAACAACGUCGUAAACAGGGCCAUACGGAUGAAGAACGAUCUCUCGGUGAUCCAAAUCAAGCGGAAAAGAAACGGCUAAAGACAGUCGAUCAGAUGAAUCGAGACGAGCGGCAAGACGAGGAAGAAAAUGAAGAGGAUGUGAACGAGGAGGAUCAUAUCGAUGAUGAGUUUCAGCACGUCAAGGACGCUAAGAACGCUGAUAAAACAACGAUGGACAAUGCGACAGAAGAGCAAUCGAAGCAGGUGCAGCAUCAGGAUAAGAAAACGGAUGAGGAUAACGAUAAUGAAGCAGAGGAUGAAUGUGCCGAUCAGUUGAUGGAUGAAGAAGAGGAAGCUAUGCAAGGGGAGUUGGAAGAAAGGGAGCUGCUGGAGAGCGAGAAGAAUGAGAACAAAAAAGAUAAGCCGGCCAGGAAAGACGAGAAUGCUAUCAAGGAUAAAAUAGAAAUGGAAAACAACGUCGAGGUGGAAGGAGAAGUUAUCCUUACAGCAACGGUGGCACGGGGUGACGACACUAUGGCACACACGAUCUUUGAAAUUCUUUAUGAUGUAACCCUGCCUGAUGAACCGUCGACUUCUGAGCAGCUGGACAUGCGAAAGAUGGUGGAAUCGGAAAUUCAAUCGUCUGCUCCGACCGAACUGGACCAUGAGGCAUUUGAACAAUGGCAACAGAUUUCUAACAAAAUGCUUCCGAGCGCACGCGAUCUCUGCGAACAGCUGCGCUUGAUCCUGGAACCGACUAAAUGCACUCGUCUGAAGGGCGACUAUCGAACGGGACGACGCAUAAACAUGAAAAAAAUCAUACCCUACAUAGCGUCGCAGUUCCGCAAGGAUAAAAUUUGGUUGCGCCGUACGAAGCCGGCACAGAGAGACUACAAAAUUACAAUCGCCAUCGACGAUUCGAAAUCGAUGGAUCACAACAAUUCGAAGGACCUGACCCUGCAGGCGAUAUCGCUUGUGUCUCAAGCGUUAACGCUACUCGAGAGCGGUAGACUGAACGUGAUGUCAUUUGGCGAAAAGCCACGGAUUCUGUUGAAACACUCCGAUCAAUUUGAUGGCCCGAAACUGAUAAGUGCGCUGAAUUUUGCGCAGAACCAAAGCCGUAUCGCGGAGCUGUUGAAGUUUGUGCGCUCAUUUAAUUCGGAGGAUGCAUCGUCAUCGGAUAAUGGAAUAUUCGAGCAUUUACUGCUAGUUUUGAGCGAUGGGCGGAAUAUUUACAGCGAAGGAGAAAAGGAGGUGAAGAAUGCCGUUAAGCUCGCACGAAUGCAACGGAUAUUCAUUGUGUAUAUAAUUAUCGAUAAUCCCGAUAAUAAGCAUUCGAUUAUGGACGUUAGAGUACCUCUGUUUACGCCGGAUAGUGCGAAGAUAGUCAUGCAAUCGUACCUGGAUGUCUUUCCGUUCCCGUACUACAUGAUUGUACGAGAUUUAGGACAGCUUCCGAUGGUGUUGAGCGACGCAAUGAGACAAUGGUUUGAGUUAGUGAACAGUGAACAGUGAACAGUAGACUUAGUGGGAAGGUUUGCUUCAAUAGUA